GCAUGAAAACAUUAAAAACAAAACAAGGCGUACGGCUCUUAUCAACGCCUAUACUGGAGUAACAAAUAUCUCACUCGUUACUUAAUAGCAACAACAUCCACCCAGAGAGUUUGAUUAGAAAUCAUAUUGCACGUUGCCCCAAGCUUACAUCUAGGCUAGCCUUAUCCAGAAUCAGAUAAUGGCAAACCCGGAAACAUCUAAAUCAACACCAAAUGCCAACUCCAGAGAGUUGGAGACAAGAAAGUUCACCCUCUAUCACCCGGUGAUCUUCGUCCUCACUUUCUUCAGCUAUGCCUUCUUCCACAUGUCCAGGAAAACAUUCAGCAAUGUGAAAACUACAAUCUCUGAAGAGUGGACACCAAGCUUUCACAAUGCCACUGUCUGUGAAACAAAACCAGAUUAUAUCUGGAAUACACGGAACAUGUUUUCCUCCCCGUCUGAUGUGGAGCCAUACCUGGGAAUACUGGACGCUGCCUUCAUGAUCUCCUAUGGAGUGGGACUGUUCAUCAGUGGGAUUGUUGGAGAUAGACUGAACAUGAGGUAUGUCCUGGUGUUCGGCAUGUGUUCAACAGCACUGACGGUGUUCCUGUUUGGGUGUGUUCUUGAGUGGGUACAUCUUUACAACAAGUACCUCUACGUCUUCCUGUGGAUCAUCAACGGCCUGCUGCAGUCUACUGGCUGGCCGACUGUUGUAGCCGUCAUGGGCAACUGGUUUGGAAAAUCUAGCCGCGGACUGGUGUUCGGGUUGUGGAGUGCCUGUGCGUCUGUCGGCAACAUUCUCGGAGCCCUCAUGGUGUCUGCAGUGUUAGACUAUGGUUACCAGUAUGCCUUCCUCUUCACCUCAGCCAUGUUAUUUGCGGGAGGGGUCAUCAACUUCUUCGGACUGGUCACAAGUCCUAGAGAGUUAGGUCUCAGUGUGGCCGACGAGGAUGCCAGGAGUACGGCUGCUGCAGGUGACCGAGGUAGAUAUAGAGACACGCCUUUCAACUCUCCUACCCAACCCCUGAUUGACGACUUGCUUGAUGAGGAAGCUCUGUUGAGUGUCUCUGAAGAAAGUGAUGAUGAUGCACAACCAAGUGUUAAAGUGUCUGGUGACCUCAGACCUACUGCUAUCAGCUUCUGUACAGCUCUCCUCCUGCCUGGUGUCAUACUGUACUCCCUCUCCUAUGCCUUCCUGAAGUUGGUCAACUACUCCUUCUUCUUCUGGCUGCCAUACUACCUAGCCAAUGCCUACCACUGGAAGGAGACAGUAGCAGAUUCCAUCUCCAUCUGGUACGAUGUCGGCGGCAUUGUAGGGGGAACUAUAGGUGGUUUUAUAUCAGACCGGUUUCAGAGGAGAGCUAUAGUUGUCAUUCCGAUGUUAGGCCUUGCCAUUCCAUCACUGUUUAUAUAUGGGAAUUCUCCUGCCAAUUUGACAAUCAAUUCAUUCCUGAUGUCUGUGGCGGGAUUCUUCAUCGGCGGAGUUGCCAACCUCAUCAGUGCUGCUGUAGCUGCAGAUCUAGGCAACCAGGGCCCAAUACAAGGCAACACCGAGGCCCUGGCAACUGUCACCGGCAUCAUAGACGGAACAGGAAGUCUUGGGGCGGCCAUUGGACAGAUCCUGGUGCCUGUGAUACAGAAAGCUCUCGGCUGGCAAGCUGUCUUCUACCUCUUCAUGGUUUGUACCUUUCUGACGGGGGUGUGCAUCUUCCCACUGUUUGUACGGGAAGUGAAGGAAAUCUGCAGAAACUACCAUUACUCCUGGUACAGUGGACUACGGCGACGAUCACGCAGCCCUCAGGAAGAACAGGCAACAUGGGAGUGAUACUCAGGAAGACCCUCAACGUGAACAGAUGUGAUGACAAAUCCAUUUUUAUCCUUGGCAUUAAGAUAUUUCAGAAAUACCACAUUUACGGUACCUCAUGAAGUGCCAACAUCAAUUGAUAUCCCAUAGAUGCAUCUUUGUGAUAUUCAGGUCUGCAGCAAGACCAAGAGAUUAUAUUUUGAUCACAUAGACCUUAGCAUGACGAAUACAGCAUGACUGUCACUCCCAGCAUUGCAUCAGAUCAGAGGAAUAUUACGGGAACAAAGUAUCUGGUCAAUACAUAUUGCCAUAACUCUAAAGCAAAUAUCUUCCAAAAUCAGUAAAUGUUUGAUGAUGACAAUCGUAAGUAUAGUAGGCCAUUACGAGCAAGUAUUACAGAGGAAGUGGAAUAACAAGAAAGUGUUAUUGUGGGGCAGUAGUAUGGUAUUUUCUGUUUGAAAAUGUGCAAUAUAUAUUAUAUAAAGAGAGAGAGAUUCUUAUUUGUGAGUACUGUUACCAGAGAGCUUUCAGUUCUGACAACAAAUGGUCCAUCAGAUGUAACUGUCAUUCCUUGUCAGGGUUCAGAAUGUACUUUAUGUAGGACACUUUUCCAGACAUGUUGUCCAUUGCCCUGCUUGCAUUUCAGCAUGUAUAUAAUCACGUUUCCAACUUAUAGGAUUGACACAGUCUGUUUAUUAAGAUAGAUAUUUUAGCAACUGUCUUUUUUUACCGUUUUUUAGUGUUUCCGACUAUGUUGGUAUGAAGCCACCCACAGGCCACAUUAACUCACAGAUGAUUUUAUCGGGGGUUUUAUACCAGUCAACAAACACGGUUGAUGUUCUGAAUAUUUUGGGUCAUACAAUAUUGUGCUUGUGUUUAUAUUUGAGGAUAUUUAUAUAGGGUACAUAUCCAGGCAACUAGUACAUGCUCAGAGCCCUGGAGUGUUCCCUUGAUCAAUCUUCUCACCAAAUAUAUACUGUAACACCACAUCGUAUUGAUGGGUGAGUAAUAUAUUAUGUUCAUUAAAAUGUGUGUGUCAAGUUGGUUUUCCUUUCCAUUCUUGCUCUGUUGUAUGAAUCUGUUCUGUUUUAUAAUUUAAUAAAUUUCAUCAUUAUAA